AUGGCCAUGUCUAAUUGUGAUGCUCGCGACCUGUCCAAGGCCCUUGGUCUACCUACCCUACGUCGUAAUCUAUCAGCUACCGACUGUACUUGCCAAGGUUUCGAGGUUUCGGCAGGGCGCGGAGUAGAAGCGGGGACUAGCUCCGGCGGGACCCACACAACCCGGCUGUUCCGAUAA